UUGAAAGGCGAGAUUGAGUGAAGGAUGAAUUGACAGGACAAGUGUAGUUGGUUCUGGGUGGAAUGUGUACUAUUGAUGAAGCGGAGACGUUUUGAUAUUCAGGGAAGGCUGUAAUAAUCCAAGCAUGUGAGGAUCGGUGCCGGCAGAAUGAAAUAUAAGCUGUUGAACUUGCGAGGAAAUAUGACGAUAAACGUUUUGGAACCAUCCCCGUUUUGAUGAAGUCUGUGCAUUACCCCCUUUCGACAGAUUUUGGUUAAAUACUGGGGUACAGGUAGAAAUAUUUAUAAAAAUCCAAAAUGAUGUGCGACGUUAUGCCAACGAUCUCCGAGGACGGCUCCAACGACAGGGAGUCGCAGGGAUCCGGAGAUGACUCUAAUUUUGAGCAACUGAUGGUUAACAUGUUGGAUGAACGCGAUAAAUUGAUGGAGAGUUUGCGGGAUGCCCAAGAUCAAUUGACGAUGUCUCAGGCCAAGAUAAAUGAGGUAGAGAAGGAACGGGACGGGCUCAUGAAACAGGUGCUGCAGACCCAACCUCAGGAAUUAGCCACAGUAAACAAAGAAUUAAAUCAAGUUCGAGAACAACUGCUAGAGCGGGAAGAAGAAAUCGCCGAACUAAAAGCUGAACGGAAUAACACUAGAUUACUGCUAGAGCACCUAGAGUGCCUUGUGUCGCGUCACGAGCGGUCGCUAAGGAUGACGGUCGUCAAGAGACAGGCCUCCUCCCCCGCCGGGGUGUCCAGCGAAGUUGAAGUUUUGAAAGCCCUCAAAUCUUUAUUUGAACAUCACAAAGCCUUAGAUGAAAAAGUUCGGGAGAGAUUACGUGUUGCACUGGAACGGGUAGCUCAACUUGAAGAGGAAUUGGCAGCAGCAAAUCAGGAUCUUUUCACACUUCGGGAGCAACAGAUAAAAUCCCGUCACUCGAGUGGCAGUACAGAGGAUGGCGAUAAAUUGCGUAAAGUUUCAUCGACGGAGGAUGAGUCGGCACCGAGGGAUGCUCAUCCAAAGAGAUUAUCCAAUGGCUCCAUUGACCCUGAUUCCGACGUCAACAGAGUUAUUGAACUUCAAGAAACGGUGGAGAAACAGAACUCCGAGUUGACGUCUGCUCGAACGAGAAUGUUAGAACUUACAAAUAAAUGUACCGAAUUCGAGGAGAGUUUGACGACGACGCAGAAAGACCUAGUCAAGGCACAGGAACAGAUGGUAAAGUUUCAACGAGACUUGAAAGAAUCUCAAGCACAGAAGGAGGAUCAGGAGGAGCGGAUAGCGACGCUGGAGAAACGUUACCUGAACGCCCAGCGUGAGUCCACGUCGCUCCACGACCUCAACGACAAGCUCGAGUCGGAACUCGCCAACAUCGGGUCACAACUUAAAAGCAGCGAAGAAAAGUGUCGGGUGCUGCAGGAGAAGCUGGAGUUAGCUGAGCAGAAGUUGCAGCAGUCGAUGAAGAAGGCGGAGGCACUGCCGUCGAUGGAGGCCGAGCUACAGCAGCGCAUGGACGCCCUCAACCAGGCGGAAGAACAGCAGGGCUCAAUAGAAGAAAGACUGCAGACUCUGGAAUCCAAGUUAACAGAGAAGGAAUCGGAAUUACAGAGGGCACGGCAACGGGACAAGCUGAAUGGGGAACACAACAACCGGCUGUCGUCGACUGUGGACAAACUGCUGUCGGAGAGUAACGAGAGAUUACAGCUUCACCUCAAGGAGAGAAUGGCUGCCCUGGAGGAGAAGAAUCAGCUGACACAGGAGCUGGAGCGGACGAGAAAGGCUCUUGAUGAGACGCAGCAAGAAAAGGAAAGAAUCAAUGAGGAUCUUAUGAGGUACAGAAAAGAAGUGGAGAUUCUCAGGUCACAAAUUGAACAAAUAAUGAGGACUGGUAUGGGUGUUGAAGAAAGUGUUUUGCGGCGUGUAUCACGGGGUAGGGAGCAGGCUCUCAUUGAAGACCCAUCCAAGGUGAACACUUUAAAUGAACAGGAGUGGGAAAAGCUGCAGCAGGCCCACGUACUGGCGAACGUCCAGCAUGCGUUUGACACGUCCGACACGGAGGGCACUGACGACAACGAGUCCAUAUUCGGCGCCGUCGACCUGCUGUCACCCACGGGACACACAGAUGCACAGACGCUGGCGUUGAUGCUGCAAGAACAGCUUGAUGCAAUUAAUAAUGAGAUUAGAUUAAUACAAGAGGAGAAAGAAAGCACGGAGCAAAGAGCUGAAGAACUGCAGAGCAGGGCGCCAGCUGGUAUCUCUGCUUCCCAUAUGUACACGUACUCUUCAUCUAGUCCGCAGCUAGCUACUUCCACCGACCCUCCACAACAGCCUCAGUACAGUCGAGAUGACAGCGCCAUUACUUCGAAAGAGGAGGCGCGUCAAAUUAAAUGUGAAUCUAGUCCACCGACCCCCAGGUCACUGCGUCUUGAACGGGUGGCGGCCGCUCUGGCCCAGAGCAAUGACGACACUCCAAUCAGAUAUAAGCUUCACGACUUAAGUCACGGCACCGUGAGUCCGCUGGGAAGCAUGCACAGCAGUCAAGAUUCCCUACACAAACACCCCAAGAAAAAGGGACUCAAGAGCUCCCUGGGCAGAUUUUUCAGUAAAAAGGAGAAAAAUAAACCCAAGGAGGCUCUCCGGUUCGAAACAGGGGCAGUGGUGAAGCUGUCACAGUAGGGACUUGGCCAGUCAGAAUUUGACAGAAGAAAAAAGAAGAAGCAUGAGCUACUGGAAGAGGCUAUGAAGGCAGGAACCCCAUUUGCUUUGUGGAACGGACCCACAGUAGUAGCUUGGUUAGAACUCUGGGUGGGCAUGCCUGCCUGGUAUGUUGCAGCGUGUCGAGCGAAUGUCAAAAGUGGCGCCAUUAUGUCUGCUCUGUCGGAUCAGGAGAUUCAGCGAGAGAUCGGCAUUAGUAAUCCACUCCAUCGGUUAAAACUUAGGCUGGCCAUUCAGGAAAUGGUCAGUCUUACCAGCCCAUCGGCUCCUAAAACUUCCAGAACAACUUUAGCAUUUGGUGAUAUGAACCAUGAGUGGAUAGGUAACGAGUGGUUACCCAGUCUCGGUCUGCCCCAGUACCGCAGUCACUUCAUGGAGUGUCUAGUAGACGCACGCAUGUUAGACCACCUCACGAAAAAAGACUUGAGAGGACAGUUAAAAAUGGUAGCUACUUUUCAUAGAACAUCUUUACAAUAUGGAAUAAAUUGUUUGAAAAAAAUAAAUUAUGAUAGGAAAGAAUUAGAAAGACGGCGAGAAGAAAGUGCGAGUGAAGUAAAAGAUGUAUUAGUAUGGUCUAGUGAAAGAGUCAUAAAAUGGGUUCAAUGUAUAGGCCUUCGAGAAUAUGCAAAUAAUCUCCUCGAAUACGGAGUUCAUGGUGCUCUUUUAGCUCUCGAUGAAAGCUUCGACCACAACAGCAUGGGGCUGGCUUUACAAAUACCAACGCAAUCUACUCAAGCUAGACAAGUUUUAGAAAGAGAGUUCAACAAUCUUUUAGCAAUAGGCACAGACCGACGGCUGGACGAGGUAGGUCAGUUAACUUUCUGUAAAAUAUGUAUCCGAUGCCCAUCGCCGCCUGAUGGCCUUCACCUCUCUGUGUGUGUGUGCUACUUGCUGUACCUCACUGCUGGUUUGAUGUGCUUUCCUCUUUACGUGAACAGACUUACUGAUUGACACCUUACUGUUUUAUUUAGUUUCUUAAUUAUUAUU